AUGUCGCUGCAAAAUCCUGCUCGUGCUGUCCUCACUCUCCGAGCCUCGCACACUCUGACUUCACAGGCCAACUUGAAACGCUGCUUAGCCACAUCUACUCAGAUUGCUCGCAAAGAGGGCGAUAUCUCAUCUGUAUUCGCAUCUCUCUCCGGGAAGGAGAAGUCCGCUCUUCCAGGGAGAUUUGCAGAUCAGAAGAAGCGGCUGAUCGCUGGCCACGAGGACCAGAUUCAACAGAGUUGGGACCGUCUGCUCCGCCAACUGAAGGAUGAAGUUCAUCUAAUUGAGCAGCGUGGGUCUGAUAUCGUUCCAUCUAUUGACUUCAAAGAUAUCCAAUCGGCCCCGGCGGCGUUUACAAAUGAGUUGAGGAAACGGGGCGUUGCUGUCAUUCGAGGGGUGAUUCCUGAGCAUGAGGCCAGGGGUUACAAAGAGGAGAUUGAGCAUUAUGCCAAGGUAAAUCCUGGGACAAAAGCAUUUCCCCCACACGAUCCCCAGGUCUACGAACUGUAUUGGUCAAAGCCCCAGAUGCGCGCACGUACACACCCCAACAUGCUCGAGGCGCAGCGCUUCCUUAUGAGCUUCUGGAAAUCCGACGCACCUGACGCAAUGAUAUCCCCUACACAUCCACUCAUCUACGCCGACAGACUCCGUAUUCGCCAACCAGGAGACGCAGGAUUCGCGCUUGGUCCGCACGUUGACGGAGGAAGUUGUGAGCGCUGGGAAGACAAUGGCUAUGGCCGCGGGGACGUCUACAAGAAUAUUUUCGAGGGCAACUGGGAGCAGUAUGACCCAUGGGAAGCUAGCUGCCGAGUACCAGCUGAGGCGGAUCUCUACAACGGCGCCGGGGCGUGUUCGAUGUUCCGCAUGUUCCAGGCAUGGCUGAGCAUGUCGCAUUCUGGACCAAAUGAGGGAACAUUGCUUGUAAAUCCGCUUCUUUCAAUGGCUACAGCUUAUUUCCUUUUGCGACCGUUCUUUGAGCCUAUCUAUUUGCCGCCCAAGGAUUGUUCGCGCAUGGCGCUGCAUAUGUUCCUCGACCCGAGCAACUGGCGAUUGGAGAAGGAAACGUCGAGUACAUUGCAGGGUGCAGCACCUGGAUACGCACAGGAGCUGUCAACAGCACUUCAUCCUCAUCUUGAGCUGGACAAGACUAUGGUGCACGUCCCAAAGAUUGCACCGGGUGACUAUGUGGCCUGGCAUUGCGACACUAUUCACGCCGUCGACAAAGUACACAAUGGAUCCGGUGACUCGAGUGUUAUGUAUAUUCCGGCUUGCCCUGUUACCGAGGCCAACGCGGCUUAUGUUGCGCGUCAGAAAAAUGACUUCGUUGCGGGUGUUCCUCCUCCAGAUUUCCCGGGAGGCGAGGGAGAGACUAAGCAUGUCGGACGAGCCACGGAGGGUGGUCUGCGAGAACUCACCAAUGAACUGGGAUUGCGAGCCUUCGGGUUCGGGAAGUGGGAUAUGAACGAGGGAGCUUUGUCACACGGACAGCGACAGGUUUUGGAGAAAGCAGACCAGAUCUUGAAUGUCUGA